AUGAAUUGGUAUAUAAAAGCUCUUACUUUUACCAUUCUCAUAGCAAGUCUCUCCCAAAACGGUGCAAUGGUGGUAAUUAAAACUCAUCUUGCAAUAAUUGGAGCACUAAACUUCUUAAAUAUAACCAAUGGGGCCUCCUGGACUUUUGACCUAGAAUCGAUAAAGAUUCAUAACAAAACACCAGAUGUCAUAUUCGUUUCCAUAGAGAGGAAAAUGUUAUCACGUGGCAAUUAUACGACUUGUGGCAUAAUCGAAUUGAAAGAGGAUCUAACUGACGAACUUCAGAUCGAAGGACGACUUUACUACAGUCCAAAUGGUCUUCGUGGCUCAUAUAUCAAAACACCAUUUCAUGCACCAAAAAGUCCGUUUUCGGUUAUAUUGCAACAAGUUUAUAUUCCCGUCAUAAUGGAAACCAUGCACGAAUGCGCCCAGAAUUUUCCAUAUUUUGAGAAAGUAGAGCUACCCAUUACGAAGCGUAUAAUGACUUGGGACGAAUGUAUGCUAUCGAGCGAUAAUAUGAUGUCUCACAUGAAAUCUGGCUUUUAUCGCGCAAUUAUAAAAUUUUCAAAUCAGGCCGAUAUCACCACCGAAUUGGAUUUAGUGAUUCAGCAAACAUAA